UCCCCGCUGCUUUGUUCCUUCUACUUCUUUUUCAGCACAACAUGCAAAGCCCAACUAUCCUCUUCCUUCUAUGAAUCUACAUGUCCAAAUGCCCUCGCUACCAUCCGAAAUUCCAUUAGAGCUGCAAUUUCCCGAGAACGUCGAAUGGUAGCUUCUCUCAUCCGCCUUCAUUUUCAUGACUGCUUCGUUCAGGGUUGUGAUGCAUCAAUUUUGCUUAAUGGAACUUCUACUAUUAUAAGUGAAAUGGAAGCAGGACCCAAUAGGAAUUCAGCAAGAGGCCACCAAGUGAUUGAUGCUGCAAAAUUGGAGGUCGAGAAAAUAUGCCCUGGUGUUAUAUCUUGUGCUGAUAUCCUUUCAGUCGCCGCAAGAGAUGCAUCUGUUGCUGUGGGAGGUCCAUCAUGGACAGUGAAGCUUGGAAGAAGAGAUUCAACUACAGCAAAUCCAGACAAGGCUAACAGUGAUCUUCCUAGCUUCAGAGAUGGUGUUAAUAGACUUAUAUCUAGAUUUGCUGACAAAGGCCUCAGUGCAAGAGACAUGGUUGCCUUGUCAGGAUCACAUACAAUUGGACAAGCUCAAUGUGUCACAUUCCGUGACAGAAUUUACAACAAUGCCAGCAACAUUGAUGCUGGUUUUGCCAGCACGCGAAGACGCGGUUGCCCUGCUAACCAAGGCGAUGGUAAUUCCAAUUUGGCUCUGCUUGAUUUGGUGACACCGAAUCAAUUGGACAAUAAUUACUUCAAGAACUUGAUUCAGAAGAAGGGUCUUCUUGAAUCUGAUCAAGUUCUCUUCAGCGGAGGAUCAACGGAUAGCAUUGUUUCAGAGUACAGUAGCAACCCUUCAAAAUUUCUGUUUGACUUUGCAUCUGCCAUGGUUAAAAUGGGAGAUAUUGAGCCUCUCACUGGUUCUGCUGGACAGAUAAGAAGGAUUUACAGCGCUGUUAACUAA